AUGACGCCUUUUACAAAAAGUGGAUUCCUCAUAAUUCAGAUAUUGUUCAUCGGACUUUUCAUCAGUGCGUCCAUAUGUGUGGAUCUCAUCCACAACCCAGAGCGUCUUCAAGACGCCUUGGAUCACGUGAUAACGGCAAGCGUCCUCGAAGAUCUUGACACCUACGUUCAUGAGCAGGAGCGCUGGCUGGCAGUCGCGGGCGCCAUAGUCAGGACCACCAAUGAGACGAUGACUUAUACAGACGUCGUGCGUGUCAACUAUCCGGAAGUGGCUUUGAGAUAUCUAAGCACUUUGGCGGAUACGAUUCCUUCCCUGGUUUCAAAAAUGACGUCACUCUCGAAAAACGAAUUUAAGGAGGAUGCAUUUUAUAAAUUUACAAAUUACUUGCCUGGGCAAAGUGAUCUGUCAGAUUCAAUCAAAGGUAUCAUCCGAUUGGCUGACGUCUAUCACUUGUCAGAGGUGGACAUUGCAGCCGGAAGUAUAUACGGCCGGAAGUCAUGCCCCCUCACACCCGAGGAAUGCCUAGAUAUAGCGUAUACGUUCGCAGAUUUUGUUACAGAGAAUAAAGACGUCGGAGAUUGGAUAGACAUUGCCACAAACUGGUUGAACUUUGUCGCGAAAAUGUAUGACGGCAAAGGCCAGGCAAACGAAGCAAACUCUCUACGUACACGUUUAAUACGGAUGAUAAGGCACAUCUAUAAACGCAGCAACUGCGAGUGUUCAAAACAGGAUUUACGAGCGGACAGGAUGUGGCAAAAUGACUUUCCAAAUAUACCGUUACCGCCUAGGGAAAAAGACUGCAGUUUGGUGGUUCCUUACUCAUGUAAAAGUCAGCUCGGUUCAAUGACCUUAUAUCGAAAGGCGUAUAACCAAUUUUGUCGCGGUGAAGAUAUAACGAAACUAGACCCAACAGAAUUUGUUGAUCCUCCAACAAAAGGGAGAUAUUGUCGCCUCUUCCAUAACAAUGACCCUAGGCUUAUUCUUAUGCCGGCUAAACUUGAGGAACUCAAUACGGACGAUCCUUACGUAGCACUGUUCCAUGAUAUAUUGUCGGACAGUGAAAUGGAACUUCUUAAAGAUCUUGGACGCCCGCGGCUGGAGCGCGCGCACAUUGCCGAGGGCAAUCAAAGACAAUCCAGUGAUAAGCGUAUCGGAGAAACAGGAUAUCUCAAAGACGACGAGCAUUCUAUACCGGAAGUGGCAAAAAUUCGACAAAGAUUUGAGGCAAUUACUGGCUUGAAUGUGAAUUUGCGCGCUGCCGAGAACUUCCGGCUAACAAAUUAUGCCGCAUCCGGUUACUUUUAUCUUCACAUGGACUUCCGCGAAAAUAACACCUUAACACAAAACAACCGCCUUGCAACCCUCUUGCUGUAUUUCAACGACGUGGACGGAGGAGAAACGGUCUUUCCUUUCAUCAACCUAAAAGUUCAAGCGCGGCGCGGCACCGGCGUGCUAUUUUAUAAUCUAUACCGUAGCGGCAAGGCAAACAUGAAGAGCGUGCACGGAAGCUGUCCGAUCAUUACCGGCUACAAGUGGUUGCUGACACAGUGGAUCUCGCGCUACCAUCAGGAAUUCAAAUAUCCAUGCUCAACACUUCCGAAUGAAUAA